GGGAGGGUGGGAGUCUCCCGUGUCAUGAUAAAUUAUUCAUUCAUCACCGGGGUGUGUUCACAACACAUCUUAAAAUUCACAGGGGGAAAAAUGAGAAGCCACUUCAUCUCUCUUUUUUUUAGGGGAGGGGGGUUAUGAAAUAAUUUUUAAUCAUCAGUACCUUUUGCCAUUAAAAACAGCUGUGAUAUUUAAAAAAAAAUACCUGACUAAUUCUUAGGUUUGUUUUAACACGAGAGCAGAACAAAUGCAGAACACAGUUAUGUGGCUUUCGAUGGAAAGAAGCGCUGAAUUAAAGAUCGUUGAUGGCAUCAUCUGCAGCUGAGUGCCCACGCACACUUGUACGCUCACGGGCACGCGCACACGCACGCACUCGCACUGAACACACAUGCAUACAGUACCACGCACACACGCUCCCUUUCAUUCACUCACCACACGCAUCCUCCUCCCUCAUUCCCACGCAUUGCCCAUUAAGUGUCGGAUGCAGAGCAGCGAUGGGCUGGAUGCAUCCCCAUCUUUUGUCCAAAUCGAAUCCACUGCCUCUUUUUUUUUUUUUUGUUGGGGACCAAUCCACAAUCCGCUCUACUCGCGAACAAACAGCAGUCCUCGUGUUUACCUGUUCUAAACGACAGAAACAAAAGAAAAGAAAUCAGACAGACUUGUGGCCGCACACUGACAGUGGCAGAGUGGACAAGAGGAAACCCACCCAAGGAGAAAGACUCGGCGCAUCCCCCCCGCCCCCUUUAUUUAAUUUAGAUUUUUUUUAAACAUUACUUUCUUUCGAUGCUGACGCCUGGUAGCCCGUGGUGACCUUGAGAAGAAACAUCUCGUUAGUGUUCCCAAAAGGUAGCUGUGGAAGGUGCGCGCCGAGUAUCCAGACGUGUGCGCGCACUCACGGGAGGUUAUGACCGCCUUCCAUCACCUGAACACCAGGCUUCUGCCGCUCAUGAUGAUCAUCAUGAUGAUGAUGGGAUGCUUGAUCGUUGACGGAACUGCGCCAGCUCCCCCGGUGAAUGUGUCGGUGACCCAGCUUCGAGCCAAUUCGGCCAGGGUGACCUGGAACGUGCCGCUUGGAGACACCGUGAUUGGCUAUGCCAUCUCUCAGCAGAGGCAAGAUGGCCUGAUGCAACGUUCCAUUCGUGAAGUAAACACAUCAAGUCGGUGGUGUGUGCUGUGGGACCUGGAUGAGGACACACACUACAGUGUGCAGGUGCAGUCUGUUGGACUACAUGGCGACAGCCAACCCAGUCGCGCCAUCCAUUUCAGGACCUUGGAAAGAAGCGACCACUACCCUGCUGGAGUGCUUGACCACCAUGAACCAGCAAUGGAGGGUUUGGGAAUGUCACCUCAGUUGCAGACUGGAGAGCUGCUCAUAAUCACCACAGUGCUGCUGCUAUGGGCAGCUGUUAUCGCCCUGUUCUGCCGGCAGUAUGACAUCAUCAAGGACAGCGAUACAAAUGGUACCCGAGAAAAGACCAAGAGGCCACUGGUUCCGGUUGCUUCCUCCUACUAUAAUACCUCUCCCACCAGCUCACCCAUCUACCACAACGGUGCCAUCCACAGUGGCAGGCUUCACAGAGCCUCAUCCUCGAUCAGCAUCAUCCGAGUCUGAGGGCUGUCCGGCGUCCGCAGAGCUGCAUUGUCAAGGAACUUGCCGUGAUUUGAUCAUCACAAGUUAAGAAACUAAACGGGCUUGAACAAAAGCCAAUUUUAAAGUAUGGCAUGACAUGGGAAAAGCAAGCAGCACUCAAUUCCUAUGAAAAACUCCUGCGAAGAAAUAACCACCCUGGAAGAGGUCAACUUGCCACAAAGACUUGGCCCUUUGUUAUGGAGGGUGUGGUGCUUUCGCUUUCGGCCCUGCCCAAAGGACAGGUUGACUUCUUGUUUCCAGUUGUGCUCCUUCAAAGACUUAAGCAAAUGUUUGCAAGCAUGACAGGCAAAUCUACUCAUCCAACUGGUUUUGUUGUUGUUUUUUGGCACGUGUGUGUGCGCGCGCGCGUGCGUGUGCGUGUGUGCGUGCGUGCGUGCGUGUG